AUGCAGGCAAUCGCUGAAAAGUACUCUCUUAAGAGCACGCUGGCCACCGAAUUAGAAUAUGACAAUGAGGAAGGGCUUUCGAGGGACUUUGUGACUGGCAAUUCCAUGUUCCAGAGACUGGCUCCCCAGAUCGCUAUGCCACCAAUUUCGUCGCCACAGGAGUUUCUCAGGGCACACACAGAUGACUCGCAAAACCCAGACUGUAAGAUAAAGAUUGCGCACGGUACCACCACGCUGGCGUUCAGGUUUCAAGGAGGCAUUGUGGUCGCCGUAGAUUCACGUGCCACGGCUGGGUCGUGGAUCGCCUCUCAAACUGUCAAAAAAGUCAUUGAAAUUAACCCGUUCCUGCUGGGUACGCUAGCAGGUGGCGCAGCAGACUGUCAGUUUUGGGAAACAUGGCUAGGCACGCAAUGUCGGCUUCACGAACUCAAAGAAAAAGAGCGUAUUUCUGUGGCCGCGGCUUCUAAGAUACUGAGUAACCUUGUCUACCAGUACAAGGGCGCGGGACUUUCCAUGGGUACCAUGGUCUGUGGCUACACUAAAAAGGAAGGCCCUACUAUUUACUACGUGGACUCCGACGGCACCAGAUUAAAGGGCGAUAUGUUCUGUGUAGGGUCCGGUCAGACUUUUGCAUAUGGUGUCUUAGAUUCUAACUAUAAAUGGGAUCUGUCAGUCGAAGAAGCUCUGUAUCUGGGGAAACGGUCCAUUUUAGCUGCUACUCAUAGAGACGCGUAUUCUGGUGGUUCUGUUAACUUAUACCACGUCACUGAACAGGGCUGGGUGUAUCAUGGCAAUCAAAAUAUCGAGACUCUUUUCUGGGAAGUGAAAGAGAAAGAAGGAUCGUUCAACAAUGUCAUUGGUUAA